GAUUGUAAUUGAAGUACCGGCACAAUGGGAUCACUGCCGCGCGUUUCUGUGGUCACCGGGCAGAGAGUGUCGGCACCGGCAGGACCUCUGACCAAUAUGAUGGACAAUCUCACAGCUAGAGAUGCCACUGCUCUCAUUUAUAAUGAUGAGACGAGUUGUGUACGUGUAAGCUACGCGGAACUGCAGGCGCGGAGCAACGCGCUGGGCCGUGCCAUCGCCGCCCACGCCCGCCCUGUCGGACCCAACAGGGAUGGUGACUUCGUUAUAGCUGUGUGCAUGGAGCCCACACAUAAUACAAUAAUGACUCUGUUAGCGAUAUGGAAGGCGGGUGCAGCGUACGUACCGAUGGAUCCGAGCUUCCCGCAAGGCAGAAUCUCACAUAUACUAAAGGAUGCGGAGCCUUCCAUUGUAAUAUACGAUAACGCAGCAAAUCCAACUAUGUUCUCUGGGAGUGGAAUACCGGCGGUAUCAUUCGACGAACUAUCACUAGAAGCCAGUGGUUUACCGGGAGAUAAGCCGAGCGAUGAGGAGAUGCUAUUGCAGGCGACUGCCGAGAGUAUUGCAAUCGUUCUAUACACUUCUGGAAGUACGGGAAUACCGAAAGGAGUGCGUCUGCCAUAUUCAGCGAUCUGCAACCGUCUUUGGUGGCAAUUCCGUACCUUCCCGUACUCAGAAACGGAGAGGUUCUGCGUUUGGAAGACGGCUUUGACUUUCGUAGACUCUGUAUGCGAGAUAUGGGGUCCCUUGCUGCACGGCAGGACCCUUAUUAUCCUAUCUAGGGAGACGACUCGAGAUCCGCAGAAAUUGGUUCGGGUCCUAGCGGAAAAUGAGGUACAUCGUCUGGUAUUGGUACCAACGCUACUCCGGUCUAUUCUGAUGUACCUCUCUCUAAACCGGUCUGUAAGACCACUACAAUCCCUCAAGCUAUGGGUCUGUUCUGGUGAAACUCUCAGCAAAGAACUUGCCGGACAAUUCUUCCAAUACUUCGGAGAUAAUGAAGGCUACAAACUGGCUAACUUCUACGGGAGUACAGAGGUUAUGGGAGACGUGACAUUUUAUGUUCUGGAACGUUCUCAGCAGUUGGACAUACAUCCUACGAUACCGAUUGGCAAGCCGGUCGACAACUGCGCCAUCUAUCUGUUGGACGAGGAGAUGAACCCUGCUCGUGAGACGGAGCCGGGCGAGGUGUGGGUGGCGGGCAGUAAUCUAGCUGCAGGUUACGUCGGUGGGCAGGCGCCUGAGAAGUUCUGUUACAAUCCGCACGCUUCUCAUCCAGAUUUUGGCAAGCUAUACCGCACUGGAGACUUUGGUGUACUGCACAAGGGAAUGAUCUUGUACGCGGGUAGGACGGACUCGCAAGUCAAAAUCCGAGGUCACAGAGUAGAUCUUUUGGAAGUUGAGACCGCGGUAGCAGCCGUGGAAGGAAUUGAGAAAGCGGUGGUCCUCUGUUAUGGACUGGAACGUGGUAACCCUGAGGUGCUGGCCUUCGUGACCGUGCAACCGGGCGCGCGGCUCUCCGCACACCAUAUAGAGGCAGCUCUGAAGAACUCUCUCACGCAUUAUAUGUUACCACAGGUAAUUGUAAUUGAGACUGUACCAUUGUUGGUGAACGGCAAAGUGGACAGGCAGGCGUUACUCAAGAUGUACGAGAAUACUAACAACAACGAUGACUCGGAGAUAUCAUUCGACAUUGACUACACAGGAGUGGAAGCGGAGAAGUUGGAGGCUGCUAAGGUCCUGUUCGAGACGGUGGGAGAGGUGCUCGGGAGAGCGGCGAGAGGGACACUCUCAGUUAGGGCGGGAUUUUACGAGCUGGGAGGGAACUCUCUCAAUUCUAUAUACACCAUCACUAGACUGAGGGACAGAGGAUACUAUAUUGAGAUCAGCGAGUUUCUGGGAGCGGCCAACCUGGGCGACGUGCUGGCCCACAUGAGCUCCGGUCCGGACCACGAGACCGGCGGCUACGACCACAAGUUUAAAGCAGUGCCAAUGGCUGAAGAUCAUGAGCAGCAAGUCAUCGACAUGAUCGUAUCAUCGUUCUAUGAGAAGGCGGAGUUAGAACAGUUUUUGAAGCAUGAGAUCGAAACAGAGGACUACGCGCACUGCAUACGAGCUUGUUGGGCCGCGCUGCUGCAGGCCAGGCUCAGUGUCGUUCUAGAAGAUCAUUCAGGAACACCGGUAGCGGUUGCAUUGAAUUUUGACGCACGCGACGAGCCUGAGAUUGAGUUAAACGGAGGUCUUGCCAAAAUUAUGACAUUCCUUGAGUUCGUUGAGAGCUCAGUUAGAGAUACCAUGCUGCCUGAAGGAAAGGGAACGAUUCUGCACUCAUUCAUGAUGGCAACAUCGGCCUCACUGAGCCCUCAAGACAACGUGGCAGCUAUACGCGCUCUGGAACAUGCCACUAUGCGGAUUGCACGCGAUAGACGGUUCCAUGGAGUGUUCACUACGAACACGAGUCCUUUGACUCAGCAACUGGGUACUGACGUGCUAGGCUUCCAAACAUUACUGGACUACCAAAUAAAUGAAUACAUCGACCCUAACGGUGACAGAAUCUUCGGAAAAGCGCCUGAUGAUAUGAGAGCUAUCGUCUGUUGGAAACCUAUCGAGUAGUUUUGCUACAUAAAAAUAUAG